CGUUGAACCGUUACAGUGAGAAUGUGAUGGAGAGGAUACUGUGGUUUCCGACCUGUAUACCAGUGUUGCAGUUUCUCUUUUAGAUCAAAUUAACGUUGUCAUUGACAGAAUGUUGGUUACAACUUUUCAGAAGGUUACUCUAUUUUCUUGCUCCGUGCUAUGUCUUUCGCUUUUCCUGCCCAAAAUGCUUUUGCCCAGAGGGAAGAAAGAUGUAGGGCAGGCCGACGUCAGACCAGGUUACUACCCCCCUAUGAUGCAUCGUCUUCCUGUGCCAGAGGACCAGGGGUUGUGGGAGGAGGGCUCUGUGCCCCCCCUGACUCAAAGCCUUGAUAUCAUGGCCAAAGUAAAAAGCAUGAGUGGAGCCAGCAGGCCCAGCCUCCUGGGGCAGGUCAUACCCAUCUAUGGAUUUGGAAUUCUCCUUUACAUCCUCUUUAUUUUCUACAAGAUGACAUCUAAAGGAAAACCACCUACCAAGUCCGACGGCCACUUUCCUCCAACACCAAAUCAAAGAAAUCCGAUAUCUGACUACGAGCUGGCCAGGCUUCAGCAGAGGCUGCAGGAGACGGAGCAGCUGAUGGAGAUGAUCGUCUCUGGAACGAGCCGGGCGCCCGACAGACUGCCCUCUAGUGUCAAGAGGGGUAAAUGCAGGAGUAAGAGCCGGCGCCUGAGCAAGAGUAAAGGUGGUUCCCGGCAGCAGCGGCAGCGUGAGAAGGAGGAGGAGGAGGAGGAGGACAGGCUGCGGCUGCAGCUGAAGGACAUCAGCCGGGUGAUGGAGGAAGGUCGGACGGAGGCCGCCUCCCCAGAGAUCGAGGCCGAGGAGGUGACCUACACAGAGGACUGGGAUGGCUACCCCGAGGAGACCUACCCCCAGUACGAGGAGCCCUGUGGCAGGCGCAGGUACGACACCGUCAGCCUUGUGGUUGAGGAGCCGGGCUGCUGGCGGCCCACCCCCGAAGCCCUGGCUGAGAGGAUGGAGGUGGAGGAGGAGGAGGUCGAGGUGGACACCAGGCUGCCAGUCCUGCUGGAGGAAGAAGAGGAAGAGGAGGAGCAGGGAGAGAGGGAGGGUCUCCCUCCUGCCUUGGGCGGCGAGGGAGGAAGGGGGCAGCGGCUGGAAGUGGCUGUUGGGAGGGAGCUCUGGCCAUCUCCUAAAGCGAAAAAACAAAUCAGCUUUAAUGAGCACAAAGAUGUUUUCCAGUAUCCUAAAGAGCGCUUUUAUGAGGGUCAGGAGGAGGAGGAAGAUGAUGAAGAGGAGGAGGAAGACGAGGAGGAGGAGGACCCUUUGAUUGAAGCCGAGAGUCUCCUAUUAGAUUAUGACGUCUGUCGCAACCCCGAGGCGGAGGCAGAGGAGGAGGUGGAUGAGGAAGAGUGCCUGCUCCUGUCCCUUCCUCCCCCACCUCGAGGAGGGAGUCCCACCCCUUCAGUCCUGAUGAGGGACCUGGCCACCAGUGGGGUGAGGAUGAGGAACCGGAGAGAGACAUAGAUAACAGCACAAUGUUCCUAACCAGUUUGGACCUAAAAUGACCUUUCAUAUUGAAUGUAUGUACUACCUCUACUUUCCUGGUCGAUCUCAAGAUCAAAACUCUACCUCUGAUGUUUGUACAUGUGCAUUUUGUGGAUAUUCCUUUUUAAAUUAUAUAAUCUGUUAUGGAAAUAACUUCAUACAAGUACAUAGAGGAAUUUGCUGACUCAACAGUUUUAUUUGUGUUUUUGUCAUACUGUACUGUAGAGAACUGUGUAUAAACAAACACAAUUAAAUUGACCAAUGUACACAUUAUACAUUACAGUGAAACGGCACUAGAACACAUUUAAUAAUAUGACUUUUUGCACCCGGACACAAAGAAACUUGUAUGAAAAGCUCAGUCUUUUUUUUCCUGCAAAGAUCACAGAAGUUUGCUUGGUAUUCAGUAUAGUUAGAUCACAAUAAGGUACAAGAACAGCACAUUGGAUUAAAGUAGACAGUGUUUUUAAAACUCGCAGUAACAACAGGAGGCAUCGGAGAUUGUUCUUUGCUAUUUUCCUUCAUGUGACAAAAUUGGACAUUUAGUAAUAAUAAAAUAGAAAAUAGAUUUGUAUUUCAAUAAAGGAUUUUGUCCCUCCA